GUGUUUCAAUCUCAGUUUGCGUCUGUCGUCGGUCUUGACAGUGUGUACUUUACGUUUCUUUCUCUGUGAUCACAAAGUUUUAGUUGUUUUUUUUUCCAAAAUGAACUACGGAAAUCACAUGCACCAUAUGGGCGAUCCCACUGGAAUGCUCCACUAUGGCAUGUACGAGAAGCCGAAACCGAAAUUCCUGUUCAAGGUGCCGAGGGUUGUUCCAGAUCAAAAGGCAAAGUUUGAAUCGGACGAGACGUUUAGGAGGCUCAGCAGAGAGAGCGAGGUCAGAUACACAGGAAGUCGUGAAAGAGGAAAGGAAGAAAGACAAAGUAGAUUUCAACGCGAAUUAUACGAAGGACAUACAGAAAUAUCAUUCAUAACGAACGGAAUGAACAUGCAAUUAGUUUUCACACCACCAACACAAGAGUUCAACAAGCAAGAUAAACAAUGCGAUUUCGAUAAAGAACCUGGAAAGGUGCACAUUAAAUCUUCGUUCAUAAUGAAUGGAGUCUGCGUCAGAUGGAGGGGUUGGAUCGAUUUAGAUCGACUCGAAGGCGUUGGUUGUCUGGAGUAUGACGAAGAAUUGGGUGCCAAGGAAGAUGCCCGCAGAGAUAACUACAUCAAAAUGAGAUAAAACCACCGAGAAUGUUGUUAAAUAGUCUGCGUUGUAAGAUUCAAAACAAAACUACGUAGAAUGAUGGCUGAUGUGUCAGCAUCUUCGAUUUUAUUUUCAAUUCAACAGAAAUCAGACUAUUUCUCAGCAAUUAUAUGGAAUAUCCGAAUAUUUUUUCGAAUUCGAGACGAAUUUCACCGACCUCAUUUUUGUUUAUGUGAAUGUUGCUGUGGCUGCUAAUCUGUGAUAUCCGAACAUUCUUUUGGUUUGAAUGGUAUUGUAAUUUCUAUGUGACUGAUGAACAUUUAUUGUUCCUUUGAAAUUUUGUGCAUAUAUCGUGUAUGUGAUAUUUGAGUUAGCUGUACAUUAAUUUGAUUUAAAAUGUGAAAUAUGAAUUUAAUACAAUUUCCUAUUGUAAUAAAAAUGAUCUUUGUUA